AUGCGCUCUGCUUCGGCUGUGGAGAGGGACAUGGCGGCAUCCGCGCUCAUCUCAACAUACAUCCCCUCUCCCGUCUACAGCGAGAUCUCCGCCUCGGUGGUCAUCGCCGCUGCAUCGGCAAGUGUCAACGGCGAUGCCGAUGAGCUCAUCUACUCAGCGCUGGAAGCCACCUGCCUCCCUGUCUGGUUCCUAGGCGCCGUGCCGACCACCUACCUUGGCGACCUGGCCGUUCUGGAGCAGUCGAUCCAAGCCCUGCGAACCGCCGUCCCUCCACCGGCGCCGUCGACAACAACCACAACAACUACGGCAUACGGCAGCUCGUCGGCGGCCCCAGUGCUCACCACGGAGACCCCAGCCGGGACAGUCCUGACCUCGUCAUCACUGACCGUGAUCCCUGUGACGCAGACGUCAAGCGUGACUCCUGUCGUGCCCUCCAGCGUGGCGGGAGGACCGUCCAGCUCCGGGCCCUCGGCGGCCGUCGGGUCCGGGUCCAGUUCCGCAGAGGCCGCACCCACCGUCUCAUUCUCGGCAUCCGGCACUGGGCCGACAACGUCAUCCAGCUCGGCGGCUGCCGUCCCAACGGGCGUGGUGGUGGGCCACGAGUUUGCGGCAGGGAUGGCGGCGGCGGCAGCAGCAGCAGCUGUUGUUGCGGCCCUGUGA